AUGGUUGGUAAUACACCACCACCGUCCAAAAUAGAACCAAAUUCUCCGUUUUACCUAGGAUCGCAAGAUCGACCAGGUGAUUUUAUAACCCCAACUCGUCUUAAAGGCGAUAACUAUGAUGAUUGGGCCGCCGAUAUACGUAUGGCGUUAGAGGCGCGGCGCAAGUUCGAAUUUUUAGAUGGCACUAUCAUUGGUCCGACCCCUCCAUGUACUCAGUCGGACUGGAAUACCAUUAAUGCAAUGUUAGUGUCUUGGAUAACUAACACAAUUGAUCCGGAGGUCAAGUCUACCUUGACGAAAUAUCGCGAAUUAAAGAAGCUAUGGGAUCAUCUACAACAGCGAUUUGCUCUGGUUAAUGGUCCGAGAAUUCAUCAUUUGAAGUCCUCAAUUGCGAGAUGUGAACACACGAAAUCCAUGUCUGUCUCGACUUAUUAUGGGCAAUUAAAUGCCUUGUGGGAGGAGCUCUAUCGUCAUGAACCUCUGAUUGUUUGUUCUUGCUGUUCACAUUGCAAUGCCGGGGAAUUGCACGCUCGGAGACAGGAAAUGGCUAGACUUCAUGAGUUCCUUAUGGGGCUUUACUCCGAGUAUUAUACUCAGUUACGGGCAAACAUUCUUUCACAAGAUCCUCUGACAUCGAUUGAUAGAGCAUACCAAUUGGCCGUCCAAGAUGAACGGGUUCGACUCGCCAAAGUUGUCCUUGAAGAUAAGCCAUCGGAGGCAGUUGGUUUUGCCCUCAACGCAAAUAAUGGUGCUGGCCGUGGGCGUGGCAAGGGGAAUGACAGACAAGUAUGCUCCAAGUGUCAGCGUUCAGGCCAUGAUGCUUCAAGUUGUUGGGGUUUGCCGGUGUGUACGCAUUGUAAAAAACGCGGACAUGAUGUGAGUGGUUGCUACGAAAUCCAUGGCUACCCUGAAGGAUGGUUUGAUAGGCCCAAGUCUGAUGGGGCUGGGCGUAGCAGAGUCAGCACACAAGGCAGGGGGCGUGGUUCUGUACGAGCUAAUGCAGCAUCCAGUAGUAAUGUUGGAGGAUCGACCACUGGCAGCAACACCUCGGAGUCGAGUUCAUCCAAUCAGAUUUUUACCCCUGACCAAUGGAAGGCAAUUGCGGGAUUUUUUGGUAACACAAAAGUUCCUGACAACCGUUUGAAUGGUAAGUUUAAUUCCACAAGGUGGAUCAUUGACACCUGCGCGACGCAUUAUGUCACCGGAGAUGAGACUUGGUUAUUUGAUGUCACUGAUAUUAUUCAUUGUCCCGUUGGUCUUCCCAAUGGUGGAACUGUGCUUGCAAAGAAAGAAGGGUCGAUUCGAUUGUCGGCCUCAAUUACUCUUAAUCAUGACCAAACGGGGAUGCUGAUUGGAACGGGAAUUAGGCAAGAUGGACUUUACUACUUUGGAGAAGUUGACUCGAUGCAACAUGUUACGGCAAAUGGAGCAAAUUCUUCUAUGGAGUUAUGGCAUAAACGGAUGGGGCACCCUUCAGAGAAUGUAGUAAAGUUACUUCCUCCUGUAGUUGAUUUUAAGGGUAAUUUGAAUAAAAAUUGUGAAGUUUGUUUCCGUGCUAAACACCUUAGGGACAAAUUUCCGUCUAGUGACAAUAGAGCUAGUCGUAUUUUUGAAAAACUUCAUUGUGAUUUGUGGGGUGCCUAUAGGCAUCCUUCGUCUUGUGGGGCUAGAUAUUUCUUGACUAUUGUUGAUGAUUUUUCUCGUGUUGUGUGGGUGUAUUUAUUGGAUGAUAAAACGGAAGUUUUUCAUACUUUUAUGAAUUUCAUUGCUAUGGUUGAUCGUCAAUUUUUUUCAAACGAUAAAAGUUGUUCAGAGUGA